AGGUCUCGGCGCGCAGCCGGGGGAGAAAAGGGGACUAGAAGGGAGAGACGGACCCAGCCACCCUGCCGAGGCUGCUUCCCAGCGUCCGCUCGGCUGCCCUCGGCUCUUCCUCCCUUUCUUCUUGGCGUGCUGCAGUGUUUGUGGCUGGACCCCCUGGGUGAGGCAAGAGGCUGCCAGAGCCCCACAGGCGCACCAGGACCACCACACCACCAGCGACUGCUAUCCUGGGAGCGGCUCAGUCCAGUCACACAACCCGUAAAGCAGAGCCACUCUGUACCCCGUGUAGCCAUGAAGUUGGAAAGUCCCAGCGCCGACUCACAGCUGGAGUUCACAGUCGCCACGGAGAAGGAGUUUGAGGAAAUCCUGGCCAUGUCCAAGGGCAUCUAUGGGGGUCUCGACUAUCUCCCCAGCCGCUACCAUUCCUGGAUCCGUGAGCCCAACCGCACCGUCGUGCUGGCCAAGAAGAAUGGAGCUGUGAUCGGGCUCCAAUCUGUCUACAUCAUUGAUGCUGGAGAGACGGCCCUGGUGGAGGGCCUGCGCGUGGCCCCCUGGGAGCGUGGCAAGGGCGUGGCUGGCGUCUUGCAGCGCUUCUGCUCGGAGAUGGUGAAGGAGAAGCACCCAGAUGUCAAGGUGUCGCGUCUGACCCGGGACGACAAGCUGGGGCCCAAGGACUUUAAGAAGUACCGCGUCAUUGCUAAGCAGGGGAUCCUUCUCGUGCGCUUCAGUGCCCAGGAGUUGCUGUCACGGCUGGAUGCCACCGUGCUUGUGCUGGCAGAGGGUGGCUUCUGCCCGGAGCCCUCAGAGCUGCUCUUGAAGAGUGAAGUGCCAGAGGUGAUCCUGAAGGAGACCUUCCGGCAUGAGGUUCUGCCCAACCAGACCAUCAUCCAGGACUGGCAACCCUUCAAGGCCACCGAGAGCAACCUUGGCCUGCUGAUGAAGAAAGACCUCUGCUGGGUGGUUGAUAAGAAAUCCUGCCCCACGGUGGCUACCCUCAGCACCCACCCUUUCGCCAUCCCGCUGGGCGAAGGCUGGUUCUACCUCAACAUUGAUGUCUUUGGCCGCAACCUGGCACACGUCAAGAGCCAGCUCAUUCACCACCUUCGCCUCCAGGUGCCCGCUGCGCCCCAGGGCAAUGUCAUGUGUCAGCUGUUCCUGGAUCCAGACUUGUGGCUAGAGAUGGCCACAUUCUGCCAGUCGGCACUGGGGCUGGAGCUGGCAAAGGACUACACUGAACAGUACCUGCUGGAGGCUGACAUCUGAGGGGUGGGAGAAGGGGGCUGGGCAGAAGUGGGAGGGGCAGUGGCCCCAUUCCUCCCUCCCCAUCGGCUCUGAGACCCCCUCCCCUGCAGCACAGCACUUUCUGAACCUUUUUAACAUUUUAUCCUGGAAAUACUUGGUUCCCUUGAACACCCUCCCCCUCCUUGAGUUAGCACCCAUCUCCCCUCCACCCCGCAUAGAGGAUAACUAGAGAGAGAAAUACCCCUCCCUCCCCCCCAGUCACUGCCUUGGUGGCCCUUCAUGGGCAGCAGCCGACAAUUGGGGAGCUGAGUCUGGGGAGCUGGUUGGGGUGAUGGCAGAGAAAGGGGCUGGGGCUGGAGAAGGCUCUCCAAGAGCAGUGGCUUGUCCUUGGUAUGGGUCGCUGAGAGUCUGGAGGCAGAGUCUUCCUCCACUGAGCAGCUGGUCUACAACGGACAGCCGGGGGGGGGCGUUAGAGGAGGCUUCCUGCAUGGAUGUGUACACAGUAAUGGACCAAACUAUCUAGAUUUUGCCAUCUGAAUGCAUUUGGGUAAAUCAAGCAACAUUGGCCUAGAUUUGCUAAUUGUUCUUUUCAUCAGUUAUUCUGCUUCUGACAAGCUGCAAGGGUUGGACAAGGAGCUAUUCUCCUCAUGCCACCCCUGCCUGACUGCUGAGACUUUACCUGCACCUGGUGACGUCUUUGCAAGCUCAACUCCAGGUCCACGAGGACUGGAAGGCUGGCCUUGAUUAAAAUGAAAACCAGAGUUCUCUGGGUGCUGAGCUUGUGCACCUGAUGGUUAAUGUCUUUGUGGUGCAGCAGAGAGCUUUGGGGGGAAAGUUUUAGGUCUGGAUAGGCAGGGAACCACUGGCAUAGCCACCCCAUAACUCUGUCAGGGCGUCUCCCACGCAACCCAAAACUUUUGUGACACUUGUGGUGAAUGCAUAGCAAUAGCACCUUUGCUCUUCAGCCCCCUCCCCUCCUUCACUCUCUGUCAGGAGCUUAGCAACAGCUGGCACGGUGACGGAGCCCCCUUUGCAACGGUUGACAUGGCAGCAGUUGAGGGAGCCUAGCAACCAGACUGACGCAGGGGGCUGCACGGGGAGUGGCUGACGUGGUGAUGAAGCCCAGGGAUGUGAUGGUCUAGCACCAAGGUCGCUGCGACCUCCAGCACAGACAGAAGGGGCAAUGUGGGUUCUGGCAAAUCCUCCACUAACCCCCCUCCCAGAUCUAGACCCAAACUCUCCCCACCCCUAUUUCCUCUAGAGCCGCUUUGAGACUGACUAAUGUGCAAUAUUAGCAUCUUGUAAAUGGAGAUAUAUUUAUAAAUAUAUGGUGUGCAAAAUACA